AGAGAAACCUCCAUGGACGGGGUUCAGGCGCAGCCUGCCCCUGCCGUUGCUGCUGCUGCCGCCGCCGCCGUGACUGCAGAGGGGCAGACCAAGCCGAGGAGGAUGCAGGUGAAGUGGACCCAACUGGGCAUGGUGUUCUUCCUGCUCCUCUCCCUCGUCAUGACGGGGUGUUUCCUCUGGCAGUACCAGCUGCCAAAGCUGCCGGCAGAUGAAGGGAUGGGUGGGAACUCUAAAGCAGAGAGGAUGUGUCCCCGCUUUCCCCAGGCCCUCCCUCUUGAACACCCUAUCCCCAGCCUGAAGGAAGCCCUGGAGAAGGUGGACACCCUACUGCGCCAGACCCUGAACCCUGUGAGCAUGCCGUCCCUGUCGGCCAUCGUCAUCUUCAACGACACCGUCCUCUGGACAGGGAACUUUGGCAAGAAAAACAACAGCGACCCCCUGUCGGCACCACCCAACGAGUACACCAUCUACAGGAUUGCCAGCCUGUCGAAGAUCUUCCCCACACUGAUGCUGUACCGGCUUUGGGAGGACGGCAAGGUGGGCUCCCUGGACGACCCCCUGGAGAAGUACGUGGAUAACUUCACCAUCAAGAACCCCCUGGGCAGGACGCGAGACUCGGAGCUCAAGUAUGUGACGGACGGCUUGAUCUUCCUGGACAGCGGGGAGGUCCAGAUACGCUCCUCGUCAGUCACCCUCCGCAGGAUGGCCAGCCAGCUCUCAGGUUUGCCCAGAAGACUGAGAGCCACAAACCUGCUGUGGAAGGGGAAGACCCAGGCUGCUGUUAACCUCCUACACGAUGAUGUCCUAGUGGCAGACCCUGGGACCAAGUGCCACUACAGCAACCUGGCCUUCUCGCUGCUGGCUCACGUCUUGGCUGAGAAGGUGGUGGGCCUGGACUACCAGCGUUGGAUCACAGACAACAUCCUGGACAGGCUGGGCAUGGAAGACACAGGCUUCGACAUCACCCCCGGCAUCCAGAGCCAGAUGGCCGUGGGGGUGUACUCCAGCGGCCUUCCGGCCCCUCUCUACGACCUGGGCUGGUACCGUCCAUCGGGGCAGAUGUUCUCCACAGCGGCGGACCUGGCGAAGCUGGCCAUGAUGCUGCUGGGGGCCUACCAUCGCAAGCUGCUGGAGCCCGACACCCUGAAGAUCAUGCUGACGCCUCUCUUCCGCUGCGACAAGGACUACUUCGCCAACCGCACCGGCACGCCCUGGGAGGUGAACGAGCAGCUGGGUUACGAGGUCGUACGCAAGGAUGGAGACCUGGACGGCUACUCCGCCACCUUCUCCCUGGUGCCCCGUCUCAAGCUGGGCCUGGUGGUCCUGAUGGCUGGGUCCAGGCCCCAGGACCAGGACGUGGUGUCCAAGGCCUACAGCCACAUCAUCCCAGCCAUGGAGAAGGCCUUCCGCGAGUCCAAGAAGAUCAUCACCCCUCCCCCAAGCUCAGACCCGUACGUCGGCUUCUUCACCUACGGCAACAUCACCUUUUACGAGAUCAAAGCCGGGGCAGACGGGGUUCUGAUCAUGCAGCAGUUUGGGCCCCAGAUUGAGGACCUGAUCCCGGAGAGGUACCGGACCAUAAAGCUCAACUACCUGGUGGAGAGGGUGUUCAGGGUGGUGUUUGAGAAGGAGUAUCCCUGCGUGCUACGGGUCAGCACCGCCUCAGUGUCUCUCGAGGCCCAGGAUGGACAGCUCUUUAACUUCUACGUGUUCGAUAAACGGGGUCUCUCCCCCGGCUUCGACGCGCCAGGCCUGAACACGUACAACGUUGUCAGGAUAGCUCGGAGACCAACCUUCUCGAACUGA